AUGAAGAUAUUAUUAUUUUUAUUGUUUGCUACAUAUUCGCGAGCGGCAAUUGUAAAAGUGCGUGCAGGACCAGGAUAUGACUGUGCGUAUUGUCAGCCAGAACAGCUGCAUAUUUCUUUUGGAUCAAAGACCAACGACAUCGUGGUAACAUGGUCUACGUUCAACGAUACGACCGAGAGUCGAGUGCAGUACGGCGAGGGUGUGAUGGACAAGGAGGCUGUGGGCUACAGCACUCUUUUUACGGACGGCGGCCCACAACGUCGCAGCCAAUGGAUACAUCGCGUGGUCCUGAAGGAUCUAAAGUAUGACACACAUUAUGUAUACCACGCCGGUUCGGAAUACGGGUGGUCAGAGGAGUUCUCGUUUAAGACCGCUCCAGCUGGCCAGGAUUGGGUGGUGCGGGCGGCCAUCUUCGGUGAUAUGGGCAACAAAAAUGCACAUUCUCUGUCGUACCUGCAAGACGAGGCGCAGCGUGGGCACUUCGACCUGAUCCUGCACGUGGGUGACUUCGCGUACGACAUGCACGACGACGACGCUCGCGUGGGAGACCAGUUCAUGCGGCAGCUGCAGCCGCUGGCCGCCAUGCUGCCCUACAUGGCUUGUCCCGGGAACCAUGAGGAGGCCUACAAUUUCAGCAACUACCGUGCUCGCUUCUCGAUGCCAGGUCCCCACGAGAGCCUGUUCUACAGUUUCGACCUCGGCCCCAUUCAUUUCGUCUCCGUUUCCACUGAACUCUACUAUUUCCUGCAGUAUGGUCUCAAAGUGCUGGAUAAUCAGUACCGGUGGUUGGAGAAGGACCUCAGUGAGGCCAAUAAGGAAGAGAAUAGGCGCAUACGGCCUUGGAUCGUACUAUACGGUCACAGACCGAUGUACUGUAGCAACCUGCGCGAUGAUUGCUGGAAUAACUACUUACCCAAUCGCGUGGGAUUGCCUCUUUUGGGACUAGGAAUGGAGCCUCUGUUGAAACAGUACGGCGUAGAUUUGGUGAUUUGGGCUCACGAACAUUCGUACGAGAGGCUGUGGCCCGUCUAUGACGAGAAGGUUUAUAAUGGCUCGUUGGAGCAUCCAUACACUAACCCUGGUGCGCCGGUGCACAUCGUUACCGGCUCAGCCGGCUGCCAGGAAAAAACUGAUCCAUUUAAGCCGAACCCGCCCGUUUGGUCCGCGUUCAGGUCCAGCGACUACGGGUACACCAGGCUGAAGGCCUACAACAAGACUCACAUUUACAUGGAACAGGUUGAUGUGGACCUUAAAGGCAAGAUCAUCGAUUCAUUUUGGCUUAUCAAGGAUCGUCACGGAGCCUUUACGAAUUUAUAA